AUGGCUUCCGACCAGAGCAGUGCUCCCACUGCGCGACUCCAGAGAGUCGAAUCGCAGCCGGAGAACCCUUACGCCCGCUUGAUUGAGGAUCAAUCAAUUGCAGUCAUUCCCUCCUUCACCCUCGAGUCCGGGGAUACGCUGUACAAUGUCCCCGUUGCCUAUACUACUCGGGGUGUCCUUUCCCCCAAGGGUGAUAACGUCCUGGUGAUCUGUCAUGCCCUGAGUGGCAGCGCCGAUGUCGCAGAUUGGUGGGGCCCUCUCAUGGGCGGUCCCGGUCAAGCCUUCGACGUGUCGCGGUUUUUCGUGGUCUGCCUGAACAGUCUGGGUAGCCCGUACGGCAGUGCGAGUGCGGUCACUUAUAAGGGUGGUAAGCCUGAAAAUGGCUACUAUGGUCCUGAGUUCCCUCUCACCACUGUUCGUGACGACGUGAACAUUCAUAAGAUUGUCCUGGACGAUCUCGGCGUCAAGCAGAUCGCCGCAGUGGUCGGCGGCUCUAUGGGUGGUAUGCUCACCCUCGAGUAUGCCUUCUUUGGAAAGGACUAUGUGCGUGCCAUCGUGCCAAUCGCGACCUCCGCUCGCCACUCCGCCUGGUGCAUUAGCUGGGGUGAGGCACAGAGACAGAGCAUCUACAGUGACCCCAAGUAUGAUGACGGAUACUAUCCCUUCGACGAUCCGCCAUCCACCGGUCUCGGAGCAGCCCGUAUGUCGGCGCUGCUCACUUACCGCAGCCGCAACUCGUUCGAGUCGCGCUUUGGCCGAAAUGUGCCAGACCCAACCAAGCGGCAAAACAUCAACGGCACCGAGAAGCUGCCCACGCCUCCCAACGAGCAUUGGGCCAUCCACAACGAUGGCCACCGCGGUGGUCUCUCGUCCCGCUCCGAGAGUCGACAAAACUCCCCCACUCCCGCCCCGCAGACGGAAGUUCAAUACAUGGACCCGCAGUUCUCUGGCACCAAGAUUUUGUCGGCCCCGACCCCCGCCAAGACUAAUCUUACUGGUCGUCCGCGUCCGCCGACCUACUUCUCGGCUCAGUCGUACCUUCGGUACCAGGGAGAAAAGUUUGUUAAUCGAUUUGACGCCAAUUGCUACAUUGCCAUGACCCGUAAGCUCGACACUCACGACGUGUCCCGUCACCGUGUCAACCAGGACGCGGAGGACCCUGUCCACGAAGCCCUAUCUCGGGUGGAGCAGCCCGCUCUCGUUCUGGGGAUUGAGUCGGAUGGUCUCUUCACCUUCGCCGAACAGGAGGAGAUUGCUGCCGGUAUUCCCGACUCGCGACUUAAGCGCAUUGAUAGCCCCGAGGGCCACGACGCUUUCCUUCUGCAGUUUGAGCAGGUCAACCGCCACAUCGUGGAGUUCUUCCACGAGGUUCUGCCCGACAUCAUGGCCCACUCUGGUGCCGAGGGCGCCGCCGCUUUGGCCAGUGUCAACAAGUUGACGAAGAGCAGCACCUUCGGUGAGGCAGAGGUGGAGGACAUUACCGCGUGGUAA